GUGAUGGGUGUGGACACACGGUUCUGGGCCCUGAAAGUGGAACUCUUGCUUCAAUAAACUACCCACAGACCUCUCCCAAUAGCACAGUCUGUGAAUGGGAAAUUCGUGUAAAGCCUGGGCAGCGAGUUCAGCUCAGAUUUGGCGAUUUUGAUAUUGAUGACUCGGAUUCCUGUCAUUCCAGUUACUUAAGAGUUCACAAUGGUAUUGGCCCCACCAGGACAGAGAUAGGAAAAUAUUGUGGGUUUGACUUUCAAAUGGAUGGUUUAAUUACUUCAAAAAGUAACGAAGUCACAGUACAGUUCAUGAGUGGAACACACACUUCUGGACGUGGAUUUCUUGCAGCUUAUUCAACCACUGACAAAUCAGACCUAAUUACCUGUUUAGACAAUGCAAGUCACUUUUCCGAACCAGAAUUCAAUAAGUACUGUCCAGCUGGAUGUGUGAUUCCUUUUGCUGAUAUUUCAGGCACUAUUCCCCAUGGAUACAGAGACUCAUCAUCACUUUGUAUGGCUGGUGUUCACGCAGGCGUUGUGUCAAAUACUCUGGGUGGCCAAAUUAAUGUUGUAAUCAGCAAGGGCAUUCCAUACUAUGAAGGCUCCCUGGCUAACAACGUCACCUCUAAAGUGGGACCGUUAUCUACAAGUCUCUUCACAUUUAAGACAAGUGGUUGCUAUGGGACACUGGGGAUGGAAUCUGGGGUAAUCCCCGAUUCCCAGAUCACGGCAUCAUCUGUUCUUGAGUGGUCUGACCAGACAGGACAAGUGAACGUUUGGAAACCUGAAAAUGCCAGACUAAAAAGAGUUGGUCCUCCUUGGGCUGCUUUUAUCAGUGAUGAACAUCAGUGGUUGCAGAUUGACUUGAACAAAGAAAAGAGAAUAACAGGUAUCAUAACUACUGGAUCAACCUUAGCAGAGUACUACUAUUACGUCUCAGCCUACAGAAUUUUGUACAGUGCUGACGCACAGAAAUGGACAGUGUACAGAGAACCUGGCAUGGACAAAGACAAGAUAUUUCAAGGGAACACUGAAUUGUACCAGGAAGUUCGGAAUAAUUUCAUUCCACCUAUCAUUGCACGCUUCUUUAGGAUUAACCCCUUGAACUGGCAUCAGAAAAUUGCAAUGAAAGUAGAAUUGCUGGGAUGUCAGUUUAGUAUCGGCCGUGCUCCUAAAUUCACGAUGCCACCACCACCACAGAACAAGAAUGACAAGAAUGAUGACUUCAGUGAUGACAUCAUUAAUUCAGUGAAGACUUCGUUGCAGACAGAUAAAACAACUUUCACCCCCGAAAUAAAGAACACCACAGUGACUCCGAGUGUAACCAAAGAUGUGGCAUUGGCAGCAGUUCUGGUUCCAGUGCUGGUGAUGGUCUUCACUACUCUGAUUCUUAUCUUAGUUUGUGCGUGGCAUUGGAGAAACCGCAAGAAAAAAACUGAGGGCACUUACGACCUACCUUACUGGGAUCGUGCAG